CCUUUUUACUCACAACCAAGUCCGAUUCUUCCCUUCAUCUACAGUCUUUACUGAACAUUUCUAUCUUCAUCAGUCAUUCGCUGUCAACAAUGAAGUUUAACGCUGCUAUUUGCCUGCUCACCAUGAGCCUCUGUGCCAUGGCUAAACCCACCGAGGUGGUCAAGAAGGCCACGGUUGUCCAACGCGAUAUUGCCGCCAUCACCGGCGUUAUUUCUGGGAUCAGCGACAAGGUCAAGGCACUCGACAGCGCUAUCCAAAGCCUGAGUGCAGCCAACCCCGACUCUGUCCUUACUGCUUCUGAUGCUCUCGUCAACGCCAUCAACGCCGGAACAGCCAAGGUCAAGCAGCAGUCUAAGCUGAGCGACAUCGAUGCCCUCGGUUUGGUUUCCCCUAUCCAGGACCUCCAAAAGCAGGUCGAGUCCACCAUCACCGACCUUAUCAACAAGAAAUCUGUCGUCGUCAGCAUUGGAUACGGUGAGAAGACAGAGGAGCAAUUGGAAAGCCAGAAGACUGCCUCUGACGCGCUCUCCGCCGCCAUUGUCGCCUUGGUCCCAAGCUCGCUCCAGUCUACCGCCCAGAGCUUGUCUGAUGGAAUCUCCAGUGCUGUCCAGAAAGGUGUUGAUGCCUUUAAGGGAACUGGCGGAAGCAGCAGCAGCAGCAGCAGCAGCAGCAGCCAGACUGCCACAGCCGCUGCUACCACGGCAGCCACUACUGCUACCACGGGUGCUUCAACCGCCUCCCAGACUGUCGCCAUGACUGCCACCGUAGCAGGUGGAAGCCAGCUUACGUCGUCUUCCGAUGAGGGCUGCAGUUGCACGGCUUCUCCUUCUACCUCUAGCAUUCCCGUUAUUCCUGCCGCAGCUUCCUCUUCCGCUGCCUCUUCCUAUGCAACACCUAGCGCCAGCUCUCCUGCCUUCACCGGCGCCGCCAGCAUCAACAAGGUCGGUAGCGCCCUAGGUUUCGCAGCGAUCGCAGCCGUUGCAGCCGGUUUUUAAAUCCGUACCGAACGACAUCUGGGGGGGUAGUUGCUAGCAAUGGAAUACAGGCUCUGAGGGGGAAAGCAUGUGAAAUUUGUCUUGGUAGGAUAGGAUUAUGGCACUUUAUAAUCAUUGCUUUUACUUUACUAUGAAUUUUUCUUCCUCUGCUUUUCUCCGAGCCCUAAUUUGUAGGCCAU